AUGGAUGUGAAAGAGGAUUCCAAGGAGGAAUGUCUCAGUGAUUUGGUAUCAAGGCGGUGUCCGAAGUGCUGUGGCAUUUUAUUUUGUUUUCUGGACCGGUUGAAGAAUAUACAAGGGGCACCGCCUUGCACUCAUUAUACACAGCGUGGAGUUUGCAAAUUUGGUUCUGCAUGCAAAUUUGAUCAUCCUAUGGGAUCACUUAGCUACAGUCCAUCUGCCUCUUCCCUGGCUGACAUGCCAGUUGCACCCUAUCCUGUGGGUUCCUCAAUCGGUACUCUUGCUCCGUCAUCUUCAUCCUCAGAGUUGCGGCCUGAACUUGGUGCAGGAGUCAGUAAGGAGUCUGUUUCGUCCAGAAUGUCUUCAAUGAGCACAUCAACCGGAUCAGUUGGUUUGACCUUGUCAAGCGUUGGACCCAUUUCUCAUUCAAGCACUCAACCAUCUGCUCAGAGUUCCAGUUCUUCAGCAACUACCAGUGCUACCACAAGUAGCACUGUCUCUCACACCUCAAGCUAAGCAAUGUGAAUGAAUUCCUCAUUAUCACUCCUUUUUAUCUCAAUUUUUCAACCGGCCAUCAUCACUCAAGGAGGUUCUCAAAAUAGGUUUUAUUUUUCAAUUAAUCCAGUUCCACAUUCAGGUCUAGCACACACUUUCCCACCAAUUGUCUGUGUCCAUAUAAUCUUUCUGUGGCCAUCCUUUUUAUCUUGAAUAAACCAUGGCCAACCUUGAGAGUUUUAGCAACCCAUACACGCACCUUGCUUUUGGAUAACUUCAAAAGUAUCUGCAACUCCAUCAUGCACAUGUCCAUUCACAUCUCCAAUUUUAGUAGUUUCUGGUGCUUAUUUAUGCUUCAAUCUUUUUUGAUGAGAAAAAUUCUGCUCGGAGUUUCAUUGACCAUGUGUAAUCCCUCUUCACAUGAACCCCUUUUGCAUUUGGGAAUAUAUCCAAAUCCUUUCCUGGAAGGUCCUGUUUGCCACCGUUCCCAAGUUAUCCAAGGUUUGACGUGAAGAGUAGUAAUCAGGAGACUACAAUGAGGCUUCACAUUGCUAUCUUUUAUGAAUUUAGAUACACGGUGAUGUUGUGACAAGUAAAAUGCUUGACUUGGUACUUAAGUUUAUUACAGAAUACAUAUAUGAAGAAAGACAUUUAAAUUAA